AUGUUGCCGGCCGAAACCAACGAGACAGCCACUCUCCAGGUCUACCCCUUUGCGUUUAGUUAUGGCUGUCGCAGUAUAGGUUGUCGUGUUGCUAGAGGCAACAGGCUAAACCUUCUUCGAAAGAGUUGUCGUGGGACGAACUUUGUCGUGCCGACAGGACAGUUAUCCCAACGUGAGCAAGCUUGUCAUGUCGCCUCCUUUCUCAAUUAUGAAGAGAAUAGUGGCCAGGCUGCAAAACCGCCCAGAAAACAUCUUAAAAGUGACCCCAUCAUGAGGCGGAUAAAGCAAAUCAUAUGA